AUGUCUUCCUCCCGUUCUUCUUCCCCUAAAGACUCUGUCGAUGUCUUGCCAGAGGUCAGCUCCGUCACCAAUCCCGGCAGUAUUCUGACGAAUACGAGCAACCUAACCGUCAGGCUCCGCAACUAUCGAGAGAGACAUUCGAUUGUUGUCGACUACGGCAACGUUAAAAACGCACUGACGAUCACCCUCAACCGCACCAUCCGUGUGCCGGACAACAAGCGCACAAACGGCCUCCCCCCCAGCCGUGGAACCUUCCCCCUGUUCAAGGUCCGCGACUACCCCGGCAGACUGCCCCACGACGUCGAGUACAAGGGCGGUCUCUUCUUCCCCAUGUACCAGCGCGAGGCCAUGUGGAUCGAGUUCAGCGCGGAGAUGCCCUUCGCCGUCAAGAUCUUCGUGGGCGGCGUCAACGCCAUCUCGGGCUUCCCCGUCCUCGAGAACGACCGCACCCGCGACAAGCGCCGCCGCAUGCUCGCCCAGGGGAAGAGCAUCCAGGACUACGUCGUCCUCCCCGAGCAGCCCUGGCUCGACGGCGUCGUGUCCCGCAACGGCAGCGUGCGCCAGUUCGUCGCCCAGCCCCAGGGCUCCGGGUUCGCCGUCGAGGCCCAGGUCUACGGCGAGGAGCGCGUCGGCGGCAUCCAGAUCGAGAUUGUGCCGCCCGUCCGCAACACCCCGCAGCGCUUCAACGUCCGCUUCGAGGACGACGGCCGCAGGGUCACCAGGGUGCUCGAUCUCGCGCAGAACGGACUGGGGCCCAACUCGACCUGGCGUGAUGUCAAGGGGGUCCUGCAAAAGCUGUUUCACGCCCCUGUCGCCGACCAGGCGCUCUCUCUGCCGAAGAAGUCCGGCGACAAGGGCUCGCCGGCCUGGCACCUCAGACGCCAGCUCCGGACCGAUUUUGGCGACGGCACGAGGCUCGGCGAUGUCUUCUUUCCGCCCGGAUUUUCCACUCUACGUCUGCGCCGCGUCCACCAGCAGCAUGGCGGGAUGGCUCUGGCGAAAAUGGCCAUUGUCAUGCCGGAUGACCACGCCGCCAACGACCUUCAGCAGAGCAGCAACGGUGGCGGGAGCUCGGCCGCUCCCCCGAUGGUGCAGCAGCUGGGUCUUGCCGCCGGCGGUCUGAUCACGCAGACCAUCGUGCCGGACCCCUACCCGGCUGAUGCGUGGGACACUGCCGCUUCGGUGAUGCUGAACCUGCAGAUCCUCGACACCACCUCCUUCGAGGCCGUCACGGGCCGUCCUGCCCCGCCCACCCCCAUCUCUGCCUCCAGCCACGUCUCCCAGGGCCUCCACUUCUACGACAUCUGGGACGAGGCGCCCACGGGCAUCGUGGGCAACUUUUCCGAGGUCAAGAGCGUCGCCGAGAUGAUGCGCGAGCGCGCCCUUGCUGCCGGUGGCCCGCCUCCCGAGGAGGAGCCGUCCGUUUCUCCGCCCGUUGUCACUCUUUUCCGUCCUGACCAUGAAGGCGGAAAUAUUGUUUCGUUCGAAGGCACGUUCCGUCCUCUUGAGGUCUUGCGGAAGGAGAUUGGGGGUUUGAAACUUCGAUGA